UUCGUAAUGCGUGUAUCAUAUAGUAAAAUAAUCUAAUUUUUUUAAAUAAGGUAAACAAGUUAACUACUUGUUAGACAAGAAAGUGCUCAAGAUAAGUGAUAGAACUCACGUAAUAAUGUAAUUUAUAAUUUUGAGCUUCACCUUCUUGCGUUAUUUACGUUGAUCUAACAAUCAAAUAUAAAAAUUAUUUAAUUCAUUUGGGAACUGACAAUGAUUGGAACAUAAUCAGAAACUGCUUCUUCUAUUGCAAAUAAUUUGGAGAUACAUAUUGCAAUGGAACCGUCUACGUGGUUUUUGGCCAUCGUUACAGCAAGUAUUGGCUUGUAUUAUUAUAUUCUAUACAAGUUGUCUUAUUUCGAGCGAUUGAAAGUCCCGCAUGAGCGCCCGACUCCACUGAUAGGCAACAUGGGCUCUUAUAUUUUUCGACGUAUGUCCAUUCCAGAAAACAUACAAAGAUUAUAUAAUCUUUUUUCGGAUGCAAAGUACUUUGGUUUUUAUGACUUUAUGACACCAACAUACGUCAUCCGCGAUCCAGAUCUAAUCAAUACAAUCGCUAUCAAACAAUUCGACAAUUUCUGCGAUCACCGUAGUUUUGCAAAUAAAAUUUUGGAUCCAAUGGCCAGUAGAAAUCUUUUUGACUUGAAAGGGGAUUACUGGCGCGAGAUGAGGAAAAUCCUUAGUCCUAGUUUCACAUCCAGCAAAAUGAAGAUGAUGUUUGGACUUAUGUGUCAAUGCGCCGAAAAUUUGGCUGAUUUUAUAGUAACGCAAUCCGGAAAAAAUGGAAAGUCAUACAAUAUGAAAGAAAUACUAAGCAGAUAUGCCAAUGAUGUAAUUGCCACGUGCGCUUUUGGUAUCAGUGUGGAUUCUUUUAAGCAUCCUAAUAAUGAAUUCUUUUUAGUAGGUCAAAAAUGCAAAUUUGACAGCUGGUUAACAUUCAUAUUCGUCGUGCAGAGGAAUAUUCCCCUACUUGCAAAGCUUUUAAAACUGAGAAUGUUUGGUCCACAUGUAGAAAAUUUUUUUAAAAAUCUUGUUUCUAACACGGUGAAAAUCAGAGAUGAACAAGGAAUUGUUCGCCCGGAUAUGAUUCAAUUGAUGAUGGAGUCUAGGAACAAAGAUACCAAACUUGCAUAUGACAUCAAUGAAAUGACUGCCCAAGCGUUCGUUUUCUUUGUCGCCGGAUUCGAUGCUACGUCAACAGCCAUGUGCUUCAUGGCGCACGAAAUUGGUGUCAAUCCUGAUGUUCAAAACAAAUUGAGGGAAGAAAUCGAUAAUGUCCUUAAACAAACUAACGGCAAACCUACCUAUGAGGCUAUUAACCAUAUGAAGUAUUUGGAUGCCGUAGUAAAUGAGACUCUCAGAAUGUAUCCACUGGGAUCUUUUAUUGAUAGAAAAUGCGUUAAAGAGUAUGAAUUGCCACCAGCGACCUCGGAUGGCAAACCGAUCAUGUUGAAACCUGGAGAUAACAUAUGGCUUUCACAUUAUCCUCUACAUCGCGAUCCGAAGUAUUAUUCACAACCGGAUAAGUUCAAUCCAGAAAGAUUCGUCAAUGGAGAAAUAGACAAUUCGAUCUACAUGCCAUUCGGUAUAGGACCCAGAAUGUGCAUAGGUAAUAAAUUCGCUCUAAUGGAAGCAAAAAUCUUGCUGUUUUAUUUGCUAUGGCACUGCGAUCUCGAGUCUGAUGUUAAAACUAAAGUUCCUAUGGUAAUAAACAAGCACUCAUUGACUAUGUUAGCAGAGGGAGGUUUCUGGUUAAAAGUACGAGCGAGAAAAUAGAAAGCUCUUAUUACUUAACGCUUAUCAAAUGGACAUGAUUGGAGAACAAUGUCGAAUAUACUUAUAAUUUAUUUUGAAUCAUAUAUUUGAAGUUGUCCUUUUA